CAAUUUCUCUUUUUGCCCAAAGAAAACUGAGGCAUGAUUAAUGCUCUCGGCUCCAUGAAUAUCUAUCAAGUCUUGCUACUCACUCUUGUUCUAUUUCUAGCGAUGACUAGAAAUGUCGAACCAAGUAAUCGGUCAAGUGCUUCAUCCUGCGGCAACAUUCACAACAUAAACGAUCCGUUUCGAUUGAAAAGUAACCCAAAAAAAUGGGGUGUCUCAAUAUACAACUUGGCUUGUGAAAAUAAUCGCACUGUUGUGUACUUGUUUGGUGGCCGAUACUAUGUACAGUCUAUCAAUUAUGAUAGUGGCCAUAUUAGGGUUGUUGAAGACGGGCUGCAAAAGGAUAAUUGCUCAUCUCUCCCUCGUUAUUCAUUGUUGUCGUCCAGGAGGUAUAGAGACUACCUUCAAAGCCAUUCAGACGUUGCAUACAAUGAAAACACAUUGGUUAUUGUGAAUUGCUCAAAGCCGGUAAGUUCUCCAUCCUACAUCACUACAAGUCCAUGCAUUGAGGCGCCUUACUCUCCCAACACAUCAUCGUAUUGGAACUUGUAUGCUUUGGUCGAUCAACAAGUAUCGGAUGUUUGGGAUUUUUGCACCAUUCACAGUUGGACGUGGGUAUCAUCUGAUUUUUGGGCUGAAGGACUUAUUAAUAGUGGCUCCUCCAACUAUGGGCGUAUCCACGACAUCAUGGCCAAUGGAUUCCGUCUCAACUUCUAUCAAUCUUCAGGGAUAAAAGCUUUCUUGUGCUUCUUUGAUUUCUUUAGCGUCUAUGGAGGUUUCACGGGUUGUGGAUCCGAUUACUACAGUAAGCAUCGACCGCAUUGAAAUUUUACAGCAAUUUUGCAUGAUUUUGGA